UCGUCGGAAUCCAAGGUGGUGCAGAUGAUUUACUGCCUGCGCCCGCAGUACACGUUCCCGGCGCGCAAAAGCCCGCCUCCGCUGCUGGGCAUGGCCGGCAUUGCCAUCGGUCUCCCGCCGCCUUCCGUGCACGAGGUCCGCCUGGAAAACGAGUCCUUCGUCGCCAGACUCGGCUUCGACUUUAGGAUCGCCCACUGCGAGGCCAAGGUGGCCGAGUUGCUGGAUUACGCACCAGACGAGCUGACUGGGAAAUGCUUGUACACCUUGUGCCACGCGGAAGAUGUGAACGUACUUCGGAAAUGUCACCUAGAUUUGAUUGCCAAAGGACAAAUUCUCACCCCAUAUUACCGAAUCCUGAACAAAAACGGCGGCUUUACCUGGGUUCAAACCUGCGCCACGGUUAUUUGCAAUGCCAAAAGUUCUGAGGAGCAGAACAUCAUUUGCAUCAACAAUGUGAUAAGUGCCUGUGAAUUCGAGAAUUUCAUAAUGGACAUGUGCCAAUUGCACACAUGUCCGGAAACUCGUCAGACGUCGAAUGCUGGCGACAGUUAUUCAUUGCUUGUUCCAAAGAGAGAAUCUUCGACACCUGCGAUGGACAAUGCUGCUCAUGAAAGUGCGACGGAUGCGUCGGAUGAAACUGAAGCCGAUCUCUCAAAGUCUUCUUUGUCACCGAGCCGAGAUUCCUUGAUAUCCCAGCAUAGUGAUCAUGGGGCAAUUAGCCCCAGCAGUGGCCUCUCAAGACUUCAUCGACAGUCAGCCGAUGAUGAGCGAGGAAAACCCGACUGCACCAGGCGUGGGAAAAAACGAGGGCUGAUGAACCCCUCCUCGUCUCUCGCCAACGGUUUGGGCCAUUCUCCAAACAGCAACUGCAAAAGAAAACUCGGAGAACCCGGCGUGGACUCAGAUCCCAUGCAGUCCACGGAUUCCAUUGUGGAAAGCCCCCACACGCAAGAUCAGUCGUCAGACGUCAUCAUGGCGGCGUCCACAGAGUCGCCUUCAGGUGGGACGAUUCUUCCUGCUGAUGAAGACUCAACCAGACCAAAUUCCACAGAUGAUGAUGGAGGUGCAGCAGCCAAAGCCAUGCAGUGGACAGCCUCCAAACUGCUGCCCUUGGAUGGCCGUCGGUCCUCGUCGACCCACCCUCACGAAGACGACCGGAUGUUGCACCAGCACCUGCCCCACGACCAGUUCGUGUCGUCAAUAUCGUAUUUUCCUUGUUCCCCAACACAGCACGACUUCUCGAAUCGACACUUGGAGGCGUCGAUGGGUGGCGGGGAUUUGCACCAGCAGCACGGGUUCCGAGGCCAGGGCAAGCUGGUGCCCGCCGACGGGUACCCCGCAGAGUCACCAGUGCAGACCGGGAUCGUUUAUUCCGACUACACGACUGCCAACACGUCGCCGAGUUCCGUGUCACCCACGGGAACGAACCCGGGUUCUGGACGGACCAACAAGCUUUACAGGGGCACGUCGCUGCUCGACGCUCACGAACCGUUGUCUAGGCAACACCAUCAGUAUUUGGCCGCCGCCGUGGCGGCGGCAGCGACGGCGGACCACGCAGUGGGUUUCCUGCCAGGCGCCAAGCACCACGCAUUCGGUCCAGCCGACGACCUGGACCCGCUGCAAGGAUCUCCGCCUGCGGCCAGCAGGUCGCAGCACCUGGCCCCUGCACCGGGCCACCACUACACGGCCAACUUGACCUCGCCGGCCGGGUUCCAGGUCUACCACAAGUCUGCCAGUGAUGAGUUCCACGGCGUCUUGCCGAGCCUCAAAAACGCCGGGGGCAACUGCUGGUUCCCACCAACGUCGUGAUGAUCGUAUAGCGCUGCCAUCUAUGAUUCUUUUUUUUUUUCUUGUGGAGCACGAUUCUGCGUUUCUCAGCCUCAUAUGGAGAGGAAGGGUUCCUCAUCAUCAUCAACCCCCGUUUUAAUCAGAAAUGGGGGAUGAAUAUAUUCUGAUUUAAACAUUUUUUUUAAUUGCGAGGUAUUUGUGAUGAUUUUGUUGCUAUUCCGAAUCAUGAUGCUGAAUAAGUCAGCGUUAAGCGAGAACAAUUUAGAAUAAAUCUCAUUCAUUGUGCUUCCAAUUCUCACCCAACUUCGUUUUGAAAUAUUAAGGUUAAAUACGGCGGCAGUUUCGGGAUAACAGUAUUCCUCAAAAUUCCCUGAAACGAAGCCAUUUUCGAAAUGCAAGAAUAAUAAUCACUAGGAAAAAAUCAUACUUCUUACAGUUCAGCAUGAGUUAGAUUUCAGGCUCAGCAAAAUAACCUCGUUGUUUGCAAAUAGAUGAUGAUAACAAAGUCACAAAAUUCAUUAAAAAUGUUGAGCUAUGAAAAAUAUCACUAAUUUUUCUCGAGUAAUUUUGGAAUUCAAUUGCUGUUCAUCUCACAGUUAGCUUUCAGGAGACCUUGGGCCAAAACGAGAAGUCCUCAACAUACAAAAUUAGCAAGCAAUUUUUUUCCGGGAAUUUUAAACAUACCUGUAGUCUAAAUACUGAAGAUGAAGCUUCAAGAAUUAAUUUAAAUUGGAAUAGUUUAUGCUUCUUCUCUUUUCUUUUCAAAUACUACCGCUCUGAAUCAAUUUUUCAAUGCUAGUACAAAAAUACCUGGAGAUAUUUUGAUUUUAGUUUUAUAAAUAUUUUAAAAAUCUGGAAAGCUUUAUUUCGUGAAAUUGCACUUCAAAUUUUAAACUACCUCUGUGGCUCACCGAAGUGCAACCUGGAGCUUGGAGGAUUACAAAAUUUGCAUUGGAAUAAAUAUGCUUGAUCAUAAAAUAAAUCCAUGCCGUUUAUAUGAUCGCCAAUGCCUGCGAGAUUACGAGGUUAAUUUACCUUAUUUUUUCGGGGCAAUUUAAUAUCAGAUGAAUAUAUUUGACUAAAAAUUGAUGGUCUAAUAAAAAAUAAUCGUGUGUUGAGCAAUUGUCAAAUGCAAAUGAGUGUGGAACCCUUCUUCAAUAAGGCUGGGGAAAAUUAAUCGUGUUGCACAAAGCCUUUGUUCCCUGUCUACAGACACAUUUUGCCCUUUUGGUUUGUUUGGAAUGCUGACAUUAUCAUCAUUUGACAUGGCAUGAUUUAUUCGCGCAUCCGAACGGAAAGAAAAAUUGCGCAUCAAUUCAAGAGAAACGGUCUCCCUUCCAGAUUUGUUCUCAACGCGUAUUUGCUUUUUUUUUGUGUGCUCAGAAAGCAGUGGAAAUACUUUUGCAAUCGCAAUCGGAAGAAUUGUUACCCAAAGAAUCUUUUAACAUGAUUUGUUUUGUGCGCCAAAAAUUAGCGUCCCAAUUUUGGACGGAAAGGAUGGAGAGUGUUUGUUUGGAUAGGACGGAUUAUGCGAAAUGGAAAGGAAAUGGUCCUAAUUUUUUUCAGGUAGCUUAUUAUGCAAUUGUUGGUGCCACUGAGUUCGAUUCAGCGGAAUUCCAUUGAUGAUGGCUAUUGGAAAAUAUAUUGUCUGGUCGGACGAA